AGCGGGUGGGAGCUGUGCGUCAGGAGAAGAGAGAUGCCACAGCAUCAUCUUCAUCACCAUCAUCACCGUCUCCUCCUCCUCCUCAGUGUCCGCCCUGAGCUGCCUCCUGUCGGCCUCAACCCGCCGCUCCGCCCCGGGGCCUCUCCCGUGGUCUGCCCGCCUCACAGCGCCUCAUCCCGGGCUUUAAUCUGAGGAGGAGAGGAAGAGAGGCGGAAGAGAGGAAGAGGAGGACAGGAGCAAGAGAAGAGGAGGAGAGGAGGAAGAAGGGCGGAGGAGAGGAGGACAGGAAGAGAGGCGGAGGAGAGGAGGACAGGAAGAGAGGCGGAGGAGAGGAGGGGAGAGGAGCGGCACCUGGAGGAUGCUCUGGGGUUUCCCAGCAGGCCUGUGAAGAUGAGUGUGACUUCCUGGUUCCUGGUGAGCAGCUCAGGCACUCGACACCGCCUCCCUAAGGAGAUGAUCUUUGUGGGCCGAGAGGACUGUGAGCUCAUGCUGCAGUCACGCAGUGUUGACAAACAACACGCUGUCAUCAACUACAACACAACCACUGACGAACAUCUGGUCAAAGACCUGGGCAGCCUGAACGGGACGUUUGUAAAUGACCUGAGGAUUCCUGAUCAGACUUACAUCACCCUGAAGGUGUCUGACAUUGUCCGCUUCGGAUAUGAUUCUCAUGUCUACGUCCUGGAGAAAAGUCAACACAAAGUCCCAGAGGAGGCUCUGAAGCAUGAGAAGUACAGCAGCCAGUUACAGAUGAGUGUUAAGGUUUUAGAUGAAAAGAAAACUGAACAGGACGAUCAGAUGAGAGCUGAAAAAACCCAGAGUGGCAAAACACAAGACGCUCCCGGGUGUCAACCCACUCCUCUGUACGGACAGCCGUCCUGGUGGGGGGAAGAGGACUUUGGGAGCAAAGUUCAGCACAGCGAUGAGCCACAUCCAGGUAAAAACACAGAAGUGCAGAGGGAUGUUCUGUCUGUGGAUCCAGAUUUUACUGGAUCUCUGUCAAAUUCGCAAACAAAGAUGUUCCCCUCAUACCACCGGGAACCGAGCUACUUCGAGAUCCCCACCAAGGACUUCCAGCAUCCCCGAACCUCAGGGGCGGAGCUCCACGAAAUCCCCACCAAGGACACAGAUACGCCCCCAGCCCCGCCUUCCCCUCCCACCAAGACCCUGCCUGUUGUUCAGAGCCACGCCUCCUUCACCAUUGAGUUCGACGACUGCAGGCCCGGAAAAAUCAAAAUCAAAGACCACGUCACUAAGUUCUCCACCCGCCAGAGGAGGCAGCAGGCUCCGCCCUCCAAGACGAGCAUCACAGCGACACCUGCCGAGGUGAUGUCUUCAGAGAGCAAGGUGGCUGAUUGGCUAGUCCACAGCGAUGUCAGCAUGAUGAGGAGACGUCCGACAUGUGAAGACGUUUACAGCACAAAGAGCGACCUCGCCAUGAACAUCAAGACCCUCAAAGGUCACCAUCAUGAGGACGGAACCCAGAGCGACUCAGAAGACCCAGUUCUCAAAGGAAGGAGUACAUCCCACCACUCCGUCCAAUCAGAGCAGUCUGAGGUGUUGCAGCAGACUGUCCAAUCAGGUCAGUCUAUCUAUUGUCAACCGCCUGCUCCUACACAGAAGCUCCACCAGCCACUGCAGUACUCUCCGCCGAGUACGGCCCCAGCCUCACCUGUGGCCCCAGAGCGGCCCCUGUCCCAGAGCCCUACUCAAGCUCCACCCCCCACCACAGAGACACAAAAGCAGGGCCCCCCUGAGAGCCUCACCCAGCAGGCCUUCAUCAUCGAGUUCUUCGAUGACAACCCACGCAAAAAACGCUCACAGUCCUUCACGCACAACCCUACCCACGCUGACUCGUACUCUGCCCUGAAGGCCAAGAUGGAGAGGCGCAAAGGCAGCGAGAGGCCGGCAUCUGUUCAUGGCCACAUCCCCCCCACCCAGCAGAUGACAGUUCCUCUGAAGGGUCAGAGCCACAGUGGACCCCAGAGGUCGAGCUCUUUAAAGAGAGAGAAGACAGAGGGGGAGGCGGCUUCAUCGAAUUCCUCCUCUCGCUCUUCCUCGGGCAUCGUCAUCAGACCCUUUGGCAGCGUCGGGAAGAAGUCCAAGCUUGCCCAGGAGUUUGCCACUGAAUUCCUGAAGGAUUCCAGUCAGCAGGACUCUUCCCCAACAAGGGAAAUUAUGUCACCUCCACCCAUGUCUGCGCCUCCAGUGAUGGUGUCGCCUCCUCAUGCAAGGAUUCCCUCUCCACAAGAACCUCCAGCACCAUCCUCUGUCUCCUACCCCUCGUCCCCCUUACAGACUCUAGCAGUUUUAAAGUCUUCCAUCCCCACUAAUGCAGGACAGACCACCUCUCCUGUGCGCUCCUCUGGACCUCACAUGUCCUCAAUGCUCUCCCAUGGCGUCCGUGCAGGAGACACGAAAGGUUCCCAGAGGAUGGUGAGGAACGAGGAGGAUGACAGUCUGAGUGAUGCCGGAACCUACACCAUAGAGGCAGAGUCACAGGACAAGGAAGUGGAGGAGGCUCGCAACAUGAUCGAUCAGGUGUUUGGUGUCCUCGACUCUCCAGAGUACAGUGGUGUGAACACAGGAGUGUAUAGACCUGUAAUAAAUGAUGGCAAGGAUGAACAAGCUAACCUGCCUAGUGAUGGUAGCACUGUGGACCUGUUGCAUGGCUUUAUCCCAGCUGCAAUCAGUGGCCCCCCAACAGGCCCCAUACAGGUUCCAGCUGCUCAUGUACAAGGUCUAGAAGGACCUAAGUGGGUUUCCCGCUGGGCCAGUCUGGCAGAUAGCUAUGCUGAACCUGGUUCCACUCCACCUCAAGGGGAAUGUCUAGAAGCUUUACGCUUCAUGAGCAGCUCGUUGGGAACUUACAGCCACGAAAACUCUGAGUCUGAGUCCAGUCACAGCUCCAGGACCAGAAGGCUGCUGCCCCAGGUGCCUCCAGAGAAGCUGGAUAGUGUCGCCCCGAGUAUCUUGAUUCGUCAUGAAUCUUACCAAGGCCAGGAACCUCUGGACAGAGUGUCUGGUUCUCCCAACCGACAGGACUCCACCCAGCAUCUGUCUGUUCAGGAUGACGUGGACCCAGACAGCCUGAGCGACGCCAGCCGCUCAGAUGAUGGACCAGUUCUGGAAAGGGCAAAGAAGAAUCAGGUCAGAUCAGGAGCUAUGUCUCCAGGGGUCACUGGUCCUCAGGUUAGAGGUCAAGAGAGAGUGUCUCCAUCCAACAAAUCCACAUCCUUCUACAUCGGUUCUGAAGACCAUCCAGGCAAACCUGACCAGGCCCAGAGCCCAGUACAGUCUGAGAGGACGCGAGACCCCCCAGCAAAAACUCCCCCUACCACAGUCCUGAUACGACACCUGAGUGGACAUGAACCCAGGAGGACAGGUGUCAAACCCAACAGCUCUGCUCCAAACCUCCAAAUACAGGACAAGGAUUCUGUCCCAACUAAAGACAGCUGCAUGUCGUCAUUUGUCCGGCAGGAGAGCUUUACCAAAGACCGGCCCAGCGACACCGUCCAGAUGAAAAACCUUCCCCACAUCUCCAGCCACCCAUCCAUCAGAGACAUGGAGCAGAGGAGGGAGAACAUCCAGGACGCACAGUCCUUCCUUCAGGAGGCUGGGGGAACUUUGUCUUCUCUGGACACCAGGUUCCCCUCAUCAGGUUUUUGUCGCAGCUCAAAGAAAGGGGGCUCCUCCAGCCACAUGGAUGACUCCCUGUCUGGUGAGUCAGAUGUGGACACUGCAAGCACCGUGAGCCAAGUAAGUAGCAAAAAUGCUCCAGUCAGCUCAGCUUCUAAAAAGCGUCCCGCCAUCAGCAGCCUUCAGAAGGAGAAGUCAUCUUCCAGCCCAACCAUCCAAGAAAAGGGACGGCAGCUCACUGCCCGUGAGCGACUUUCUGAGAAACGCCAAAGCCAGACGACUCCUAAUGUAUCAAGUAAAAUUGAUGCAGAAAAGCGCUUUCAAAUGCGUCGCAGUACAGGGAACUGUGGCUCUCUGGACCUUUCUGAGGGCCAGCAGAGUUCUGGUACAAACUGGACUGAAAGCACGUCAUCUGACCAUGAAAGUUCUCGUCCGUCCAACCGUAGCAAGAAACUAAUCACUCCUCUUCAGAAAGAGGACAAUGAAAAAACAGCCAAGACAGUGACUCAGCAGGUCCUGACACGUUCCAACAGCCUGUCAGCACCACGGCCGACCCGAGCCUCCAUGCUCCGUCGAGCACGACUGGGUGAGGCUUCAGACAACGAAGGUGCUGAGACUGACCGGUUAUCCCAGAAUUCCGACAAUAUCACUGCACCGCCCAAACUCUCCGGCGAAGGGAAGAAGAUGUCCAGACUGGACAUCUUAGCAAUGCCCCGGAAGAGGACCGGCUCCUUCACAGCUCCCAGCGACAAUGAAACAUCCUCCACGGGACGGUCUGCUUUCUCCAACCGCAACUCCGAGUCUGCUUUCUCCAACCGCAACUCCGAGUCUGCUUCCACCACCAGGAAGGUAUUGGUGAGCGACGCUCGGCAGGCAGCCAGCAGACGAGGUGGAGCUCCUGUGAAGCAAACAUCGACCCACACCCGGUCCAGUGGAGCAAAGUAUCCCAGCACUGGUUCCCGUCGCAGACAGAAGGACUCUGACUUCUCAUCCUCUGAGGAAGAAUACGAAAUGAAUGCUGCGGCUUCGAAAGCUAAGCGCUCAUCCCAUCACUCUGCCUCUGCACAGAAUCCCCGUGGCCAGCGCACGGCCGCCACUCGAUCCAAGUCUGUUUCCCUGGAAACGGAGGAGGAUGACGACCAGAACGAGGUCGACCCUUACCAGAACUGGUCCACGCACAGCGCAGAGAUCGCCAAGCUCAGUCAGGACCUGGCCAAAGAUCUCGCCAUCCUGGCGAGGGAAAUCCAUGAUGUCGCCGGAGAUGGAGACUCACCGAGUUCGGGCAUGGGAACCACCACCUCGCCCAGCUCACUGCCGAAUACGCCAGCCUCCACCAUCUCUGCCAGGGAGGAGUUUUAUUAUUUUCUCAGGUUGAUUGAUGAGCGUCUUCAUGCUGCUUUGGAUCCUCAUGACUCAUUUCUCUGUUCUGCUGCACAGACUCCAUCUUACCCAUUCUUACGUGGCGUUCAACCAUCUCAGCUGGUCCAUCAUAUCCCUGAGGCCAGUUUAAACUACCAGAAGGUUCCUCCAGGUUCGUCUGUCGUCUCCGACCUGGACGCAAACAUGAAUGAGCCGGAGCCUGGUUCUAAACAGCGACGUCCUUGGAACCGUGAAGAGGUGAUUCUGGACAAUCUGAUGCUGAAUCCAGUGUCUCAGCUUUCUCAGGCCAUCCGCGAGAACACAGAGCAGCUGGCUGAAAAAAUGAAGGUUUUGUUCCAGAACAAGGCUGAGGUCUGGGAGGAGAUCGAGGCCAAGAUCAACGCUGAGAACGAAGUGCCCAUCCUAAAAACCUCCAACAAGGAAAUUACCUCCAUUUUGAAAGAGCUGAGACGAGUCCAGAGGCAACUGGAAGUAAUAAACACCAUUGUGGAGCCCGGUGGAAAUCUCCAGACUGCGACUGUUGGGACGUCCUCACUCGGGACGUCCUCUCUCUGUCAGACUCGUCCUUCAUCAAAGGAGAAGAAACCCGCCUCCAAACCCCGGAGCCCCCCCCAAACAUCCAACAGCAAUGAAAGCACCAAACGACCACCUCGUGGCCCCAGCGGGGGCCAUUACAAGGCCUGAGCAGGCCACUGUACCAACUCUGGAUAGUAACUGUGCAUCCACCCCACAGCACUGAUGAUGAAGAACUGUUCUAUGUAGAACCCAGAGAGGCGUAUUCCUGCAGACAAACAGGCCCCUACUGGUCAGCUGAGGGACUGUUGCAGGUUGAAAUAUAAGCUGCGUCCUGUUUCAGGUGUCUGUCUCUGACAAAGUUUGACUCCAUGUCCAGACAAAGUAUAAGAGUCGUCACUCACUGUCACUGUCAACAUCUAACUUCUGUUUCCGAACACCGCUGUGAUGUCGGAGGUUUGUUGAGACAGAGAGGGCGCUUGCUUUCACUCGACCUCUUGUCUCCUGUAAAGGUGUUUUCCUCAACUCCUGUAGAACCAAUAGAACGUCACUUGGUCUUUGAAGGCGACGCCCCCUGAAGUGGGAGACAGCGUCUUACAGGACUAAUGCUGCAUUCAGGUCACAUUGGUGCCACGUAAUUACAACUUUUAAACUUUGUUCACGUCAAUGUGGCUUCUUUAAAGCUCUGACUCACUUUAACCCGCCCACAGUCCCAACCGCUGCCUGAGGCGUCUGUUGAGUCAUAGAUUGUGGCGUCCCACGUGACAUGAGUGUGGCAUCAGACCUACGGUUGUUUUAUUUCCUAGUUGUUAAACCUGCUGCUGCUGUGGAUGCACUGAAACAAUCCUGUCCUUCAUGCCUCAGCAACAUUUGAAAUAAUGAACAUGUGACUGCUUCACAUCGCUCCAGCUCGCAGAUCAAUUCAAGACGUAUCUUGAUGAACUUUAUGUUUUUUCAUUGAACAGACGAGGGGUCAUUUGUACAUGUCACGCCCCCCCACCUCAUGGACGACAGAAUGUCUGCUGCUUUUCACAUCCUGUUGUUUUCACCAUCUGUGAUUGUUGUGCGAUAAUUGUGAAACCGCCUUAGGAUCACUGUCGCUGAAUGUCGGAGAGUUUUCUGUAAAAUGUAACAAGAUCUCCUGCUGGUCCUUAAAGGCAUCACCUCAUUAACGACACGUGUGACCUCUGACUCGUGAUGUCAUGAGUGAUGGUGUGAGACGAGGAGGUGAAGUCGCUGUUCUUAUCUUCUGUGUAAGAAUCAGAGGUCAGAGCCACUGAAACCACAUGUGUGUGUCUGUUAGAGGUUGUGUUGAGGUUGUGUUAAAUGUUGUGUUGAGGUUGUGAAGUUGUGCUGAGGUUGUGUUACAGGUUGGUUUGAGGUAUCAAGGUUGUGUUGAGGUUGUGUUAAGGUUGUAUCAGGGUUGUGGUUGUGUUGAGGGAGUGUUUAGGUUGUGUUAAAGAUUGUGUUAAAGAUUGUGUUAAAUGUUGUGUUAAAGGUUGUGUUGAGGUUGUGUCAAAGGUUGUGUUAGAGGUUGUGUUGAGGGAGUGUUGAGGUUGUGUUGAGGGAGUGUUAAGGUUGUGUCGAGGGAGUGUUAAGGUUGUGUUGAGAGAGUGUUUAUGUUGUGUUGAGGUAGUGUGAGGUUGUGUUGAGGGAGUGUUAAGGUUGUGUCGAGGGAGUGUUAAGGUUGUGUUGAGAGAGUGUUUAUGUUGUGUUGAGGAGUGUUGAAGUUGUGUCGAGGGAGUGUUAAGGUUGUGUCGAGGGAGUGUUAAGGUUGUGUUGAGAGAGUGUUUAUGUUGUGUUGAGGGAGUGUUGAAGUUGUGUCGAGGGAGUGUUUAUGUUGUGUUGAGGAGUGUUGAGGUUGUGUUGAGGUUGUGUUGAGGUUGUGUUGAGGUUGUGUUGAGGUUGUGUUGAGGUUGUGUUGAGGUUGUGUUGAGGUUGUGUUGAGGGAUUGUUGAGGUUGUGUUGAGGAGUGUUGAGGUUGUGUCGAGGGAGUGUUA